CACCCUGGGUGGGGCUUAGUUGAAGUCUCUAAAAGCUUCCGCCCCAUCCGGCACGCAACGCAGGCUCCCAUACCUUUUUGGGAGUGGAAAUGUCGUGUUUCGAGCUUACUUGCACUCUCCUGUUGUCGGGGCACUUUACAUUUACGGAGGGCCAGGUCCUGGAGGCCUUGGAGACCACGAGGAUAAGGGCAAGAGUGGGCCAUCUUGAAUCCAUCAACUCCCAUUUUAAGUUUAUUCAUUAGAAGCAGCCAUGGGUCCUGUGAGGUGGACCAAGGUGUGGGUACUGCUGAGCCACUGCCAGAGCCAACACAUUGGAGAUAUAGUCACCACAGUCUCUCUCCUCCAGUCAAGAACAAGCAAGCUGAUGAAUCAGGAAAAAUCCUGUUGGUGGCCCUAUUUCUGUGAACCAAAGGAGAAGGGACACUGGUGAGAAUGUCAGCUCUCAAUUGGAAGCCUUUUGUGUAUGGGGGUUUGGCCUCCAUUACAGCUGAAUGCGGUACAUUUCCAAUUGAUUUAACCAAGACACGGCUCCAGAUUCAAGGCCAGACGAAUGAUGGAAACUUUAAAGAAAUUAGGUACCGAGGAAUGUUGCACGCGUUAGUGAGGAUAGGCAGGGAAGAAGGCCUGAAGGCUUUGUAUUCUGGAAUUGCCCCUGCGAUGUUACGCCAAGCUUCCUAUGGCACCAUCAAGAUAGGUACCUACCAGAGCUUGAAGCGAUUAUUUGUUGAACGCCCAGAAGAUGAAAACCUUCUGAUAAAUGUGGUAUGUGGAAUUCUCUCUGGAGUCAUAUCCUCAGCCAUUGCCAAUCCAACUGAUGUUUUGAAAAUACGGAUGCAAGCACAAAGCAACACCAUUCAAGGAGGAAUGAUAGACAACUUCAUUAACAUUUACCAGCAAGAGGGAACGAGAGGACUGUGGAAGGGUGUAUCCCUUACUGCUCAGAGGGCUGCUAUUGUUGUUGGUGUGGAGCUACCAGUCUAUGACCUCACCAAGAAGCAUCUCAUUCUCUCAGGCCUGAUGGGAGACACUGUGUAUACUCACUUCCUCUCAAGCUUCACCUGUGGCCUAGCAGGAGCCCUGGCUUCCAACCCUGUGGAUGUUGUGAGAACACGGAUGAUGAAUCAGAGAGUCCUUCGUGAUGGCAGAUGCUCUGGGAAAAUAGGUACCCUGGAUUGCUUGUUACAGACAUGGAAGAAUGAAGGUUUUUUUGCUCUAUAUAAAGGGUUUUGGCCGAAUUGGUUGAGACUUGGUCCUUGGAAUAUCAUUUUCUUUGUAACAUACGAACAGUUGAAGAAAUUGGAUUUAUGACAAGUCAAGGCUACAUGACACAUCCCUUUGAAAAAUGCUAAUUUCUACAACAGUAAAGCUUCCUGUGUUUCACACUGCUUCUCAUUGCCUGGCUCGUCACAGAUUCUGAGGUGUGAGCAACAGAUGAAGACUGGGUUAGUUCAGACUGCUGUGUGUUGGUGUCAGACACUCUGUGUUGAAUCUUUAAUGACAUAAACACUAGUCCUUACCAUCAAAGUGCCCUUUGACAUCAAAAAUGACACGAAAUGCAUGUUAUUUAUUAAAGAAAACUUGUAAGAAGAUCAGGAACCAUAUACUGUUUUCUUCAAGGGAGAGUUACACCUGCUGCAUCUCAGGUCAUAGCCAAGAGUACCAGACUCUAAAGAAAACUCACUGGAACAUGGAAUAGAGCCUCCAAGAGUGUAUUAUUGUUCUGGAACUUGGGGGAUUUUGCUUCUUGUCAGCUGAAGAAAUUUUAUGCGUGGAGACCUGGACUUUUCAACCCUAGGAAUAAAUAGUGCAGGAAAUAGAUCCCUGCUUUAUAACUGCUUUAUUGCACUGCUUUAUAACUUCCUAUCUGGCAGGAUUUUUCAUUUACAAUAAGUGAUGUUAAGCCUUUGGAGACCUGACCUUUGUGAGGAAUUAUUACAAAGUAUUAAUAUCUAAACUCAUGAUGGUGUGAUAUGUUGGCUAUGAAGGUGGCAAGGUCUGUGUUGAUGGGAGGUGUUUCAAGCAGCUUGGGUUCUGUCUUAGGUCAUGCUAGUAAUUUGCUCUAUGAUUUUUAGCAGAGUUUAUUUCCCAAUCUGGAAAUGGAGAUAAUAACAGCUAUGGAAGUUGAAGGUCAAAUGAAGAAAAUUUUAGUUGUUGCUACUUGUUUGGUAAGGGUGUUUGCCUUAUGCUCUCAUACAACUGUCAUCCAAGAAGAAACAUUCUGUGUGAAUGAAAGAGUUGUUGUGUCAUGACUACUCAUCAGAAUUCAGAGUGAAGCCCUUUGUUAAAGACCUGUGAGAAAGAGAGCACUGUAUACGAUAAGGUUUUAUUAUAUUUUCCUCAGUAGAAUGUUUCAAGGGAAUCAAAGAGUGAAAGUCCAGUUUUCUCUGGUACUCUCUAGAUGUGACUCUGGAGAGCUAAACUCAUUUAGACCUUACUCCUGGAACUGAACCAUAUCUUCAUAAAGAGGAAAUUUUUUUUCUUCUUACCAAAACAUUCCAUGAUGUGAUAAGGGCUUUCUAUAGAAAGGCUUUCACUUUUGAGUUCCUUGAGUUUAAAGAAUUACUUCUUAUGAACCACUCUUUUUUUUAAAAUAUAUUUUAUUGAUUAUGCCAUUACAUUUGUCCCAUUUGCCCCCUUCAUUCCCCUCCACCCUGCAUACCCCUCCCCCAUUCUCCCCCUUUAGUUCAUGUCCAUGUGUCACAAGUUCUUUAGCUUCUACAUUUUCCAUAUUAUUCUUGCCCUCCCCCCUAUCUAUUUUCUACCUCUCAUCUAUGCUAUUUAUUCUCUGUACCUUCUCCCCACUUCUCCUCCUCCCACUCCCCUGUUGUUAACCCUCCUUAUGAUCUCCUUUUCUAGGUUCUGCUCCUGAUCUAGUUGUCUGCUUAGUUUGAUUUUGUUUUAGGUGUGGUUGUUAAUAACUGUGAGUUUGUUGUCCUUUCACUGUUCAUGUUUCUUUAACUUCUUUUUCUUCGAUAAGUCCCUUUAACAUUUCAUAUAAUAAGGGCUUGGUGAUGAUGAACUCCUUGAAGUUGAUCUUAUCUGAGAAGCACUUUAUCUGUCCUUCCAUUCUAAAUGAGAGCUUUGCUGGAUAGAGCAAUCUAGGAUGUAGGUCAUUGCCAUUUAUGACUUGUAAUACUUCUUUCCAGCCCCUUCUUGCCUGCAAGAUCUCUUUUGAGAAAUGAGCUGACAGUCUGAUGGGAACUCCUUUGUAGGUCUCCUUAUCUCUUGCUGCUUCUAGGAUCCUCUUCUUCAUUUUAAUCUUGAGUAAUGUACUUAUGUGCGUUGGUGUGUUCCUCGUUGGGUCCAACUUCUUUGGGACUCUCUGAGCUUCCUGGACUUCCUGGAAGUCUAUUUCUUUUGCCAGAUUGGGGAAGUUCUCCUUUAUUAUUUGUUCAAAUAAGUUUUCAAUUUCUUGCUCUUCCUCUUCCCCUUCUCAUACCCCUAUGAUUUGGAUGCUGGAAUGUUCAAAGAUGUCCUGGAGGUUCCUAAGCCUCUCCUCAUUGUUUAGAAUUCUUGUUUCUUCAUUCUUUUCUGUUUGGUCAUUUCUUCCUUCCUUCUGGUCCACUCCAUUGAUUUGAGUCCCAGAUUUUUUUCCAUCACUAUUGGUUCUCUGUGCAGUUUGCUUUAUUUCACUUAGUGUAGCCUUCAUUAUUUCAUCUAAUUUGUGACUAAAAUCCACCAGUUCAGUGAGCAUCCUGAUUACCGGUGUUUUGAACUGUGCAUCUGAUAGGUUGGCUAUCUCUUGGUCACUUAGAAGUAUUGGGUCUAGGUCUGGGGCUUUGAGCUGUUCUUCUGUUUGAGCCAUAAUGUUUUAGUCUGUUCGCGCCUGUUAAGUAUGAGGGGCGAAAGCAAGCUUAGAUGUUCACCAGGGUGAGUCAGCCCAGUUGCUGGGUUGUGACUGGGGGUGGGGUUAGAGGGGGAGCUAUGGCGUUUUUUUCCGCUCUCUCUCAGAUUUCGGUCUCCUCUGCUGCUUCCCACAAGCAAAUUGGGCCCUUCUGGUGCUCGGUCCCCGGGUGGGUGGCCUUGUGUUCAUUCUAGGACCCUGUAGAUCUCUGCAACGAACUCUCCUGUGAGGCUAGGAGUCUCUCCUGGCACCCGGAAAGUUUUUCCAGUAGGUGCUUUUAGGCUUUAUUUCCUGUUGCUGGGCCCCAGUCAGUGCUUUUAGGCUUUAUUUCCAGUUGCUGGGGCCCUGCCUGUGUGGUCUGUCUCACUGACCGUUUUUAAACCUGCCUGGUUUCUCUGCAUGCAAAUGUGUGUCCACGGUCAGUCAGCCAGCCAGCCACCUGGCGAGCCUUACUGGGUUUUCCUCUGCGCCUGCCCGGGUCGCCAAUUACCACCUCCUCCUGCUGGGACCCCUCUCCAUCACCGCAGGCUUUGCCUCUCUUACCGGUCUGGAUGAAUAGGUUUAUUGUUGUCUGAUUUUGGUACAGUUUACUUUUCUGUCUGGUUGUGUUUUUGUUUCUAAAUCUUUGUUGUCUUUAAAUUUGGUUAUGUGAGGAGGCACAACGUUUCCACCUAUGCCUCCAUCUUGGCCCUGAACCACUCUUUUUUUAAAUGUAGAAAACAUUUUAUUUUUUAAGUGUACAUAUCAUUUCUAAAAGUAAAUGUCAUGUAAUAUUCAUUAUAUCAAUUUAUUAAAAUUAUAUACCUGUUCAUACCAAAAUGAAAAGAAAUUCAGACCUCAGUCUGAGUAUGUUUUUAAGACAAAAAUGCAGUAUUUCUUUAAAUACAUUAUAAAACAGGUAUCUUAAUGUGGUUUUUUUUUUCUUUGUGAAAGAGCAGUUGUUAAACCUUCUGACCAAGAAAGACCUUAAUGACCUGAGAGAGUUGGUCCUCUGGUUUUGGGGGAUGUGGCUGCAUGUGUCUUGUACCCUUGGAUAUUGCUUAGGGAAAAGGAUUUUUAGCUUUUAUAACCAAAAUGAAAAAAAAUGGAUUUUUUUGUUUGCUUAUGGAUUUCUAUAAUGAUUAAUGCUAAAUGUUGCUGAUCUGUAAUAUAAAAAUGUUUUCUGUUCUCUGUAUUUAUUCUUGGGCUAGAAAUAAUAUAUAUCUUAGAAAUAGUCUUAGAAAGACUAUAAAGUUUUUAAGCCUUUAUAGUUAAACCUCUUUAUUUAAACAUUGUUGGACUGUGUAGCACCUUGAUUCAUUAUUUAAUAAACUGGAAUAAUAUAUAAUUAUAAAAAUGAUUUGUGGUUAUUUCAGAUAAGUAGGAACUUUUUUAGUUUUAUUUUUAAAAUAUUUUAUUUAUUUAUUUUUAGACAGAGGGGAAGGGAAGGAGAAAGAGAGAGAGAGAAACAUCAGUGUGUGGUUGCCUCUUGUGCAUCCCCUCCUGCGGAGCUGGCCUGUAACCCAGGCAUGUGCUCUGACUGGGAAUGGAACUGGCAACCCUUUGGUGCACAGGCUGGUACUCAAUCCACUGAGCCACACCAUUUAAACUAAGGUACUCACCAGAGAGUCCAGAUCACUGGAGUAGAAGUAGCUUUGGUGAAAGUGGUUGCAGAGGUUUCUCUCUGCCUAGAGAAUUUGUUGGGAUCAUCUUAUUGCCUGGGUACCUGUGUGACUUCCCAUUAUUGAAAAUAUUCUGUGACUCAGUAGAGGCUAGUGCGUUUGCUUCAUGGGUUGGGUUGGCAAGGUACCCUAAAGACUGAGAACACCAGUGGGAUGACAUCAAUGCCCUGAACUUUCAUAUUCCCUCAGUCCUUCUUCCUGCAUUUGAUUUGUUGGCCUAAGGAAGGAGUUAGUGUCCGUGCUUAACUAUAGACUAGGCAGGGAUCCCUCUGGUUGGCAUAAAAAAGCCAGUGGAUGAAAUACAAACAUGGUUCAUUAUUUUUUUUAGUUGCCUGUUUUCUCAACAUUCGAAUUAAACAGUUUAUUUAAAAAAUAGAAUUGGAAAAAAAGAGGGAUACUUUUUGUUUCAGUUCUCCUACAUAAGAGCUUAAAUGACAUAGUCAUAUGUGAUUGGCUUUGUAUGAAAGUCCGUAAAUACAGCUGGCUGCUGGUGUGUCUCAGAUGCCCAAACUGUAAACUUUCACUUGAAUCAUUGCACUUGUUAGACACAUUUGGCUUUAAAUCCAGGCUAUUCAUUGUUAAAGUGGUAGCUGGGAAAAUCUGUAGGGUAAAUUUUCAGUAGAUUUUAAGUAUAUAAUUUGGAAGCAAAGCAUGGGAGUAAAAGACAAGGGCAAAGUAUAAACCUGUUUCUCAAAAGCUUGGUGCAAAUAAUGAGGUCAAAAGUGCCAAGAGCAAAAAAAACUGGAAACAACGUUUAUGUCUAUAUGUUCCCUCCUUAUAUAAACUGGCCCAUCCAUAUAAUGGCUUAAUGUGUGGCACAUGAGAAGAAUGAGUUAAAUCUCAGCCUGUUGACAUGGAAGGAUGUCCGUGAUAUAUUAUUAUGUAGGAAAAAGUUGAGAUGCAGAUUCCUAAGUAUAUCAUGAACUCAUUUCUUAGGAAAAAAGCAUACAUUUAUUAGGUAGGCAGUGGAUUUAAAGGGUGUGCAUUAGGGUUCUCUAGAGAAACACAACCAAUAGGUCUGUCCAGAAAGUAUCCAGCUAGCCAUGUUAUAUGAAAAAUAGACAUUUAUUGAAGAAGAAGAUACAAGAUAUAAGAAACAUUGUACACAGGACAGUGAUGUCUCACUCCAUUUCUUUUUAAAAAAAAAUAUUUAUUUUCAGAGAGAGGGGAAGGGAAGGAGAAAGCAUGGAAGAGAAACAUCAUUGUGUGGUUGCCUCUCAUCUGUCCCCCACUGGGAACUGGCCCACAACCCAGGCAUGUGCCCUGACUGGGAAUUGAACCGUGAUCCUUUGCUUCGCAGGCCUGGGCUCAAUCCACUGAGCUACACCAGCUAGGGCUCACUCCCAGGGCUCACUCCCUUUCAAAGUAGGCAUGUUGGGAAUCUCACACAGUUCUCGCAGCAUCUCUUCCACUGUUCAAAACACUCUGCAGAAUCCUUUGUUGGAAUCACCAUCAACUGCCCCAUUGUAUUUUCCUGAAUCUCAUCAACAGUCUCAAGUCUCUUCCCUUUCAAAGGUGAUUUUAGUUUUGGAAAAAGCCAGAAGUCACAGGGCACCAAAUCUGGGCUGUGGGGAGGCUGAGUUACUUGGGCGAUUUGAUAUUUUGCUAAAAACCUCUGCAUGUUAUGUGAUGCGUGAGCAGGCGUGUUAUGAUGAAGCUGCCAAUCACUAGUUGUCCAUAGCUGUGUCCAUUUUCAUCUUAUUGCAGAACAUUUAGGUAGUACUCCUUUUUGUUUGGCCUAGAGGGGCGUACUCAUGAUGGACAAUACCUUCCUGAUAAAAAAUCACAAUUAAUGUGGUCUUGAUCUUGCUGCAACCUUGCCAUGCCUUCUUCGGGUGUGGAGAACCAGGUGACUUUCAUUGUGAUGACUGGGCCUUUGUUUCUGGAUCAUAGCUGCAGACCCUUGAUGCAUUUCUGGUUGUGACCUUGAGGAAAUCUGGUUCAUGGGUAGCAAUUUGAAUGAAGUCAUUAGCAACUGCAACACAAUGUUCCUUCUGCUCUGAUAGAAGCCACAGAAUGAAUUUUGUCACAACACAUUUCAUGCAGAGAUCCCAUGUCAAAAUCUUGGACAUGGUAGUUUUUGGAAUCUCCAGAUCAGUUUCUAGUUCUUGCACUGUCCGUCACUGAUCUUUGUUGAUUACAGCCCAGACAUAUCAACAUUCUCAGGUGUUCUGCUUAUUGCAGACCUUCCAGAAUGUGGAUCACUUACAAUAGAUUGUUGAGCGUCUUUGAAGCAUUUGUACCACACUUUUAUUUGCACUGCACUUACUGCAUUGUCCCUAAAAGCCCUCCUCCUGGAGGAAUGUUUCAAGCUUAAUGGAAAUUUUGAUGCAAAUUUUGCUCUACUCACUUGGUUUUGCUCUACUCAGUUGUUCUACUCGCUUGGUCAUUUUGAAUGUGACAGCCACACAGUACUCAUGCUUACUCAAUGGUGUCUACCGCCCCCACUGACUAGUACAGUGAAGUUAUUGUUCACCUAUGUGCAUUCUAGUCCACUCUCCAUGGCUUCAAGGUUACAUUGAUGAAACCAUUUUUGUUUCAUAACAAACUAUUCUUGUUAUGUAAACAAUGGCUGGACUGUUACCAGAAAGACCUUGUGUAUGAUUCAUUUUAAGAAUAGGUUCCGGUGAUUGUGAGGGACUUGCUAAUAUGAACCUGUAGUUCAGUAGGGCAGGUUAACAGACUAGAAACUCAGGCAGGAUUUCUUUGUUACAGUCUUGAGUCAGAAUUCUUCUCUGGGGAACUUUGUUCCCCCCCCCCCCUUUAAGUCCUUUAAUUAGAUGAAGCCCACCCACAUUAUGGAGUAUAAUCUUAAAAUCAACUGAUAGCAAAUGUUAUUCAACAUCUAUAGAAUGCCUUUGUAUUAACAUCUGGACUAGUGUUUGCUGUGCAACUGGGCACUAUAGCCUGGCCAAGUUGAUACAAAAUUUAACCAUCACAGGGUGGAAAGAAUUAUUAAUACUUUCUUUAUGCAGAAUUAUGUUAUAUUGGUUCUAAAAGCUUAUAUUUUAUAAUUUAAAACAAAAUCUUAAAAACAAAAAAAGGAUGAUCUUGGAAUAUAGGUGUCCAAGUUAUGGUUAGUGGGGGGACAUGGGAGCUGAAGUAAAUAUAAUAUACUAU